CUGCUUGCGGCUUUAUUUCAGAUGCCUGCGCGUUGGGUUUUGCUUUCGCUUGUCCCUUUCUGCCUGCCCCGCGCUGACCGGGGUGCAGCGCUCCGUUCCCCGGCGCCGUUCCCAGGGCGGCGGUGUGGAGCUGUUGUCCCCAGGGACCGACCCGCGGGCACGGCCCCGGCCCCAGCUCCUCCCGCGGGUGCCCGACUUCCCCGCUCCGCUCCCUCCUCCGGCUGCAGAGGCAGCAGAGCUGCUCGCAGGGAGCGUUACACAGGAAGUGAAAAGUGGAGAGGGCCCUUUGGGAAUCGGCGACUGCUGGCAGGCCAGAGCAGGCAGGAGCCGGGAGUGCAUCCUUCCCUGCUCCCAAACUGCUGAGCAGCUCUCAAGCCCCAGGAGAGCAGCACAGGCAAGCAGGAGCUCAGGGGAUGCACGGGUAGCGGAGAGCAUGAGAUGGGAGAAGACUGGAGACAGAGGCAGUAAAAGUAAGAAGUCAGGGGGACGUGUGGCAUGCUGAGUGUGUGUGUGCACGCUGUGUGGGGUCUGGCCCUUGGGAAGCAGCCACAGAACCUGGGCUGGUCCCUGGGGGUGACAUCACAGUGGCACCUGCUGGCACCUCGCGAGCCCCCGGCGGUGGCACAGGACCCCGUGCUGCCUCGCUGUGCUGGGGGGCUGUGACCCUGCCAAGCACUGCCUCCCAUGCAGCGCUGCUCACGGCGCUGGGAACUGCUCUGCUUCUUUCUCCCCGUCCACUGAUGUGCCUGGAAAUUCAGGAGCACGGACCUUCGCUGCGGUCGCUUUCAACCACUUGGUGCGGACAGGACCCCCCCGUGGGACCCAUGAACCUCGCUGACGGAGCCUCACAAUGACAGAGGAAGCAUGCAGGACACGAAGUCAGAAACGAGCCUUAGAACGUGAGGUACCGCAUAACGAUGUGGACAGUAAGAAACUAAAAAUGGAGAAAGGACUGUUAGGAACUGAACUAAGUGCAGAAGGAGACAUGAAAAUAAAAACGGAUCCCGGAGCUGGAAAAGUGCAAGGACUGUUAAAAAGCGGAGAGGUGAAAGCAACCAUUAAAGUGGAGGUUCAGACAGGAGAUGAGCCCGUGGACAUGAGUACUUCCAAAAGUGAAAUAAAGAGAGAGAAGCGAGUCCCCUCCCCGGACGUCAUAGUGCUAUCGGACAAUGAACCUUCUAGCCCUAGAAUGAAUGGUUUAACAAAAAUAGCAUUAAAAGAGGCCAACACGGAGGCGCUCAUGAAGAGCAGUCCUGAGGAGCGUGAGAGAAUGAUCAAACAACUGAAAGAAGAGCUACGGUUAGAAGAAGCAAAGCUCGUCCUAUUGAAAAAGCUGCGGCAGAGUCAAAUCCAGAAGGAGACCACUACUCAGAAGCCUGCCUGUUCCUCUGGGAGUGCUGUGGCCACCCCUCCGCCCUUGGUGCGGGGCACGCAGAGUGUUCCUGCUGGCAAGCCGUCCCUGCAGACCUCUUCUACACGUAUACCGGGCACUGUUAUUCCUCCUCCAUUGGUUCGUGGUGGGCAGCAGACUUCUGCAAAAUUAGGAACCCAGCAAAACACGCAGAUAGUAAUGCCACCCCUUGUCAGAGGAGCACAGCAAAUCCACAACAUCCGACAGCACUCCAGCACGGGGCCGCCUCCGCUGCUGCUGGCGCCGCGGGCAUCGGUCCCCAGCGUCCAAAUCCAGGGGCAGAGAAUCAUCCAGCAGGGCCUGAUCCGUGUCGCCAACGUCCCCAAUACCAGCCUGAUCGUCAACAUCCCGCAGGCCUCCCCGACUUCCAUCAAAGGGACAACGGUGACGUCGGCUCAGGCGAACGCGACCACCACCAGCGCCGCUUCCAUCGUCAACUCCAACGAGUCGCCCGCCAGCCGGCAAGCGGCCGCCAAGCUGGCGCUGCGGAAGCAGCUGGAGAAGACGCUGCUGGAGAUCCCUCCUCCGAAGCCUCCUGCUCCAGAGAUGAACUUCCUGCCCAGCGCGGCGAAUAACGAAUUUAUUUACCUCGUUGGAUUGGAAGAAGUUGUGCAGAAUUUGCUGGAAACUCAAGGUAAAGUUUCCGUUCCCGUUUCAUCUCGUGAGCCCUACAUGUGCGCUCAGUGUAAGACUGACUUCACCUGCCGCUGGAGGGAGGAGAAGAAUGGAACCAUCAUGUGUGAAACCUGUAUGACAUCCAAUCAGAAAAAGGCCUUGAAAGCGGAGCACACUAACCGGCUGAAGGCUGCCUUCGUCAAAGCGCUGCAGCAGGAGCAGGAGAUUGAGCAGAGGAUACUGCAACAGACUGCAUCUCCCGUACAGAGCAAGUCAGACCCCAUCGUGCAGCACCACUCGCUCAAGCAGACUUCUAGCCAGAUGUCUCGAGGCUCUGGAGCCCCGCGGGGAGUGUUGCAUGCAUUUAGCCAGUCACCCAAGUUGCAGAAUGCAUCGUCUGCAGCAGCACUUGGGAGUAGGCCAGGUAAGCAUGCUGAGAGACCUGUCAGCAAGGGCAGCGCUGCCGCCUGGAAGAAGACUCCCAUCAACACAGGUGGGGCUCUCCCCUUUGUUAAUCCCAGUUUAGCUGUGCACAAGUCGUCCUCAGCAGUAGACCGCCAGCGUGAGUAUCUCCUGGAUAUGAUCCCCCCACGGUCCAUCCCACAGUCUGCCACGUGGAAAUAAUGCAGAGGAACGCCCGAGAGGAAGACUUUCCUGUUUCUGCCAUCCUUUUUAUACCACAUGACAGUGGAAUCUGCUUUAAUCCCAGCUGGAUACGCCCCAGGCUUUCUAGGAUGCAAGAAGACCACUCCUCAUCCCAUCGAGUGCUGCUGUCCCUGCUAGGAGAAAUGACACCGCGUGGGUGGGAAAGACUCGAGCUCAUUUGGUUAUCAGAUUCUUGUGAUUGACUGAUAAUGAAGGCUGUCAGGGAAGGGGAAGAAUUCUUAUAUAUAUAUAUAUAUUUUUUUUUUUGGCUUCGUAUAUUUAGUUUGGAUUUUCUUUGUCACCAGCACAAGAGGAGGACUGAAGUGACUCUGCCUUCGGUUUCUUGGUUGAGAACUACACCGGGGAUGUCAGCUCGGGGAGAGCAGCUUCCACCCGGUCCCGCCGACGCGUUUAGUGAGCCGAGUUCAUGUUUGCUUUUCUUCCCUGCCCCUCCUCAGCCAGGAAAGCAGUCUACAGAUGAUAAUGUUUUCCAAAUCUGCUGAUGAUGAGCUAAUGAUAAAUAAGCGCAAACUCAAAAUUCCACUUUGAGUCUGUUGUUUUCGAAGGGACUGGCUGCCACCAAAACUUGUCUGGUGGGUGGGACCCAGUGCAGGAGCCUCUCGCUUUUGUUGGAUUCUGUUUGGAAUAGACUUGGAACUGUUGGUAGUCUAAAAUCUUAAUUUACCGCAUAGACAGAACACCUUUGUUCGAUCUUUCUAAUUCAGCGAAGAGCAGUUGGGCCUUUCGUACGUUCCCGGAGGACUUACAAGCGAAACUGUUUGGGAUUCUUUUCUUUUUUUCGGAGGUUUCUUCUUGUUUUUUUUUUUGAGCAAUUCUGCUCCAAAUCCAGGAGUUGCAGAAGCUGCACGCAGUCAGAAGAGCCGGGGGGCGGGCAAGGGGGGGAGCACGGCCAGGGCGAGCUCUGUGCCCACUGCUCCCCUCUGCCCCGGCCGCCUCUGCAGUGUUGCAUUCUGCUAGAGCUUUAGGUAACCCUGCUUCCAGGACGGGUUUCCACGUGGUUUGAAUCUGUUCCGGGGAUUCCCCAGGUUUCAGCCCAGAUCCCUCAGGGUCCGGUUUCGCUCCCUCGUCGUCUCCUCUCCUUUCUUCCCUGUGCUUCUCCCCAAUUCACGUUGAAUUCGAGCGGCAGAAAGACAUGCCUUACUACUUAACGUUUGCAUAUCAGUGCUAAGAAGUAGUGCUGAUGAGAAUUAUUUGCAAAAUUAUAUAUAUAUCUAUAUAUCUAUAUAUAAAAGAAAAGGGGGGGAGGGGGUGCUACUCAGCCUCUAUGCUGAAUCUUAUUUUCUUAGCAGUUGCCAUUAGAUCUAACUGAAGCAGUAACUGUGUAGGGCCGUCCCCCCCCCCAAGAUCUAACUAUUGCAUAGUGGGAAAGAGAACUCGUUCAUUUUAGCCCCUGUUCUGUUGUGUGAAUAUCAAUAUUUAGAUACUUUGGAGACUGUUGGGUAGCCUAGAGAGCCUAGUUUUGCAAAAUGGUAUUUGUUGCUGUAUAAAGCCCUAGGAUUUCAAUUUGACUUUGGUUUUUUUGUUUUGUUUUAUUUUUUUUUUUCCGUUUGUUUGUUUUACGAAUGUAUAUUACGAGCGAACUGGGCACGAGAGGAAUUGUGUUGGGUUAAUUUUUCUUUUCAUUCCGGGCUAUUUUGGAUUGGGAGAUGUGGAGAAAGAGAGAGAGAGAGAAAAUGGAGUGCAUUUUAUUUUUGCACUUUGGAAAUAUUACAAAAUCGUUUCAGUUCUUUACCCGUGUGGAGUUUUCUUGUAUUUUUUUCUUUCCCCCCCCUCCCCCCUUCUCUUCUGAGCGAUGCCUGCGUUACCAUCAAAGCACACGUCGGUGCUGACCGGGGACCUGGGGAGAGCGCGUGUGUCCAAAAAGAAAAAGCAAAACUUUUCUCCAUCUGAAAUGCAGAUGCCUUGGGGGGAAGCCUGGGCGAUGCCUCCUUUCUUUUCCGCUGUCACGGUGCUGGCAAAGAGGGAAUGGAAAAGAGGGGCAGGAGCAUGAAAAGCACCCGGCUUAAAAGCGAUGUCAGCAUCAUUUGGGGCACGGCACCUUGGGCUUCCAGCACAGCCCAGAGGGGAGAGCUGGCACCAAGCUCACCGGGAUGGGACGGGGCUCAGAACUGAAAGCAGGAGGGUUCAGCAAGCACUGCUCCCUCGUGCUGCCCGACCACAAUGAGCUUUCACUUAACGAAUCAGAACCCCCCAUACAAGCCCCAUCCGUCGGGGCAGCGUUGAUUCAGGGCGUUUUGUAGCCAACAGAGGCGGCCCAGCCGUCGCUGCCGCCAUCCGGACCCGCUCUGACAUCGUUUUUAAUCUGCGGUUCUUGGAGCGCUGCGGGUGACUUCCAUAUUGAUUGCAUGAUGUUUCUGCCCGGACUCUGCAGCGGAACGCGGGGGCUGCGCUUUGCCGCGUGGUCAGAGCUGCGUGCCGCAGCCAUCCCGGGUCCUCUCCUCCUCCCCAUCCACGCCUUGCCCUUCCAAAGGCGACGGGGGGGGGGGGAAGAAAAUAAAGCAGAAAAACUCAAUCCGAUGGCACGUCCCCAUAACGGGACAGCGCUGGAGGAGGCAGCUGAGGCUCUGCAGAGCAAACCUCUGCUCCUUGGCGCUGCCGCACGCUCGGCUUCCCGCUGCCCAAGGGCUCCCGAGCUGCGGGGAGAGCUCUGAACAAAGACCGACCGCCGCCGCUUCGCUGCACGGUGCUGCAUGAGCCGGGGACGGUGCUGCUGGCUUCCCCCCUCUCCUGGGGAGAGGGUCGGAGCAGCGUUGGUUCUCGCAAGCCAUAAUAACCUUUCUUGGAGACGUCGCGACGACGAGGUUUUAUAACGCAGUAACGAUGACGAUGACUUAUUGUACUUAGAUUUUAGCAACUUGUGAAAUAAUAAUAAAAAAAAAAAAAAACCACAAAAAAACGGAUUUUUCAUUCGAACCA